GGCGGGCUCACUGGAUCCGGGAAUUCCGAAGGAGGGGUCGGCGCUGCCCGCGCGCGGAGCCCGCGCCCCUCCCUGCCCCGGCUUCCUGGCUGUCAAACUCCGGCGCGCCUGCAGACCCCGGAGGGCCGUCCUGGACCGAAGACAAAGACUGCAGAGCAGGGGGCCCGACCGCGCUGCGACUUGGGGUUGACAGUGCAUCCCCUCCCUCAGAGCUUUAGACGUGCGGAGGGGCUGUAUUCGGAGAAGCGAGUUUGACAGCGGAAGUCAGGUCACCUGCCGUCCACACCUCCAGCCCGCCGGGCCCCAUAGCUGCCUAAUGUGUUCUUGUCUUGCACAGAUUGGAUGUUUGGGGCGCCCCAGUUCAACUGAGGUGCCCAGCUCUGCGAUUUCUGCCCUGCACUGGACCUUCUCAGAUUUUUAAGAUCGGCAAUCUGCUGAAAAGCCAGCUUUGCAUUGAAUUUGCACCAUUCGGCUGUGCGCUCUAAGUUGGAAUUGCACCGGGCGCGUCCCUCCUGCAGCAGACUGGCAGUGCCUGGCCCAGUCGCAGGGCCAAGCAAUGGACUCCUAAGUGGAAGAGGUGUGCAGAAGAGGCACUGUCCAUGCUGCCCUGCUUCCAGCUACUGCGAAUCGGGGGUGGCAGGGGUGGUGAUCUCUACACCUUCCACCCACCCACCGGGGCAGGCUGCACCUACCGCUUGGGCCGCAGGGCAGAUCUGUGUGAUGUGGCCCUGCGGCCCCAGCAGGAGCCUGGCCUCAUCUCUGGGGUCCACGCGGAGCUGCAUGCUGAGCGCCGCGGUGAUGACUGGAGGGUCAGCCUGGAGGACCACAGCAGCCAAGGGACUUUGGUCAAUAAUGUCCGGCUCCCCAGGGGCCACAGGCUGGAGCUGAGUGAUGGUGACCUCCUGACUUUUGGCCCUGAAGAGCCCCCAGGUUCCAGCCCCUCGGAGUUCUACUUCAUGUUCCAGCAAGUCAGGGUCAAACCUCAGGACUUUGCAGCCAUCACCACCCCUCGGUCAAGAGAAGCCAGGGCUGGGGCUGGUUUUCGGCCCAUGCUGCCCCCCCAAGGGGCCCCACAGCGGCCUCUCAGCACCGGGUCCCCUGCUCCAAAGGCCACACUGAUCCUCAACUCCAUCGGCAGCCUCAGCAAGCUCCAGCCCCAGCCCCUUACCUUCUCCCGGGGUGGGGGUGGGCCCCAGAGCCUGCCCAUUCCCACCCCAUCCCAGGACGGGGGGCCCACGCCAGGCCCACCCCCAAGAAACCGGAGGAAAUCAGCUCACCGAGUGCUGGCAGAGCUGGAUGACGAAAGUGAGGCUCCCCAGAGCCCCCCAGUGCUUCCAGAGCCCAGGAAGAAGCUCUGUGUGGAGAGGCCUCAGUAACACCCUGAGGGAGGUUAUGACUUCAAGGAGAGGUUGCUGUGGGUACUGAUUCAGGGCCUGGAGCAGGCCCUCGUGGCCAAGGUGACAAAAGCUAAUUUCCUGCCAAAGAGGGUGUUGCUUCCAUGAGUUGCCAGGAGCUGGAAUGUGGCUGUUACCGGAUGUAAGGCUUGUCACCAUGGAUGCCAGGAGUAUCUGAGCAGCACCCAGCAAUUGCAGAAGCCAGGCCUGGGGCAGUGGAGAGCUCUUCAGGAUUUUGAAUGGCACCACCUACAGUGUUCUGGGCAACUACUGCAGAGGUCCUUAACCUGGCUAAUCCUGCUGCUGACCAUGACCUCUGUGACCUGGGGCUGGUUUCCAGUCUAUGCUUUAGCACUGAUGGCUAAAUAUUUCUAGAGCUUUGCUUUUAUUUCCAAAUAAACAACAAGCAGCUUUAUCUAC